UACUACAAUCAUCAUGCCUGCUAAAGCUCAAACCGCUGGAAAGAAGGGAUCGAAGAAGGCCAAGGCUCCCAGGCCUACUGGAGACAAGAAGAGGAGAAGGCGCCGAAAGGAAAGCUACGGAAUCUACAUCUACAAGGUUCUGAAGCAGGUUCACCCCGACACUGGUAUCUCAAGCCGUGCCAUGUCCAUCAUGAACAGCUUCGUCAACGAUGUCUUCGAGCGCAUCGCCGGUGAGGCAUCCCGUCUUGCCCACUACAACAAGAAGUCCACCAUCAGCAGCCGUGAGGUCCAGACCGCUGUCCGUCUCCUCCUCCCUGGUGAAUUGGCCAAACACGCCGUCUCUGAGGGCACCAAGGCCGUCACCAAGUACACCACCUCCAAGUAGAUUUGGUUUGCGCCAUUUUUACUACUAAACGGCUCUUUUCAGAGCCACC